AUGUCUAUUGGUGUUACUAUUGCUGCUGGGGUGUUGAAGUUUCUGGACAUCCUAGUAUGGAUCAUAAUAGGAGGUCCUAUUCGAAGACUUAACUUCAAGAAGCCUGAGGAUGAGGAUAAUUCCGAGGUUGUUGGUGAGGAGAAUGGUGAUCCAAUCCGAGUAAUGACUGGUAAGAAGGACUUCAAGCCUGUAUGCUUCUGGGCCCCUGGUGCUGAGACCUGUCUUGAUUUGGUAUAUUCCAAUGUAGAGAAUCAACCAGACUUCCCUGCUCUUGGUGUACGAGAGUUCCUUGGAUAUAAGGAUGUUGGUGAGAGGUUCCCUGUUAAAAUGUUCGGCAAGACAAAUUGGACUACCUUCUCCCAGCUAGGAUCCAAUCUUAGAGCCAUGGGUGCAUAUCUAAGGAGUAUUGGUAAUCAUGCUCAACCUCAUACUGGUAAUACUGAUGAUUGUCAAGGAGCAUGCUCAGUCAUUAUGUUUGAGGAUACUUGUGAUGCUUGGAUCACCACUGCUAUGGGUGCAUGGAGCCAGGAUAUGUUCAUAUCAACAGUAUAUGGUACUCUAGGUCCUGAUGCUGUAGCACAGUCUAUUCAAGAGAGUUCUGCUACUACUAUCUUUUGUAAUAGGAAGAACGUUGGUAAGCUUAUCGCUAAGAAGGAUGAUAUGCCAACCUUGAAACAUAUCAUCUAUACCAAUUGGAAUAUAGAUCCUAAGGACUGCAAGGAGAAUCUUACAGGUUUUCAGGAUUCUGGAAUAUCUGUUAUUGAAUAUUAUGAUGCUCUUAAGAUUGGUAAUGGUAUUGUUGAUAAGUAUCCUAUGAAUAAACCUAAGGGUGUGGUCAUGCCUCAUAAAUCAAUACGUUUUACUAUUGCAACCGUUAUACCUCUAGUUAUUGACUACUUCCCCGAGCAUUUUACUCAUCUGGCUUAUCUACCAUUAGCCCAUAUAUAUGAGCUCGCCGUUCAUGUUGGUGUGCUCUCUAUGGGAGGUCAUAUUGGUUAUGCUGAUCCUCAUACUAUUACUAGAGCUGGUGCCCGACCUACUGGUGCUUUGGAAGAGUUUAAACCUCAUCUUAUUAUGGGUGUACCUAAGAUCUUUGAGGUUAUUAUGAAGGGUGCUAAGGCAAAGUUUGCCAAUUUACCACAAUGGAAGAGGGAGAUCGCUGCAGCAGCACUUGAUUACAAAUACCAAGCCAUGACUAGUGGUCGUAGUACCCCAUUGUUCGAUCUCAUCCUAUUCAAUAAGAUCAAGGCAGCGUUUGGUGGCAACGUGUCAGUUGUCUUAUCAGGAGGUGGUGCCCUUUCAGCCGAAGUUCAGAGAUUCUGUCUAAGUGUAUUCUCAUGCCCUGUUAUCCAGGGUUAUGGGCUUACUGAGACCUGUGCUGGUGGAUGUAUAUCCCUUAUGGAAGAUACUAGGGGUUCUAACGUUGGACCACCGGAACCUGGUAUUGAGGUAAUGCUCCGUUCUUGUAUUGAUGAUGAUGGUGAACCUGAGGUCCUCGAUAAGGCUGGUCUACCUUAUCUUAGCAAGGAUACUAUGGAUGCUGAAGGUUCCCCAUGCUUAGGUCGUGGUGAGGUUAUGAUUCGUGGACCUAGUGCCAGUAAGUGCUAUUAUAAGCUACCUGAACUAACAGUUAAGUCUUAUCUUCCUAAUGGAUGGUUUAAGACUGGUGAUGUUGGUGAAUGGUUACCUGAUGGAACUCUACGUAUCAUUGAUCGUGUUAAGAACCUAGUUAAACUGAAGGGUGGUGAGUAUAUUGCCUUAGAGAAUAUGGAAAGUAUCUAUGGUGGCUCGGAAUAUGUUAAUGCUCUUGCUGGUGGAGUUAUGGUAUUUGGUGAUUGUACUAUGGAUCGUCCUGUUGCCCUUGUUCAAGUUAAUAUUAAACGUCUUGAGAAGUGGGCUACCGAUAAUGGUAUCGAAUAUAAGAUGCUGAUGAUUUAUUAUCUAACUCUGCAGCUAAUAAAGAGGUUCUCAGAGAUAUGA